UGUGACUCGACAGGUCCACGGAGCACUCAACCCACGCAGGAGAUUAGUGUCCACAUGUCCUGACCAGCCUGAACACUGACCGACUUUGUCAAGCUCCUCAGUCCGACCCUGGUGGAGGUUUGGUGGUGGGAAGAUCUGCACAGGCGCUCAUUCAGUUCAUCUGCAGACGCUGGUGGGUUGGCAACAGUGGACGGUUGUCAUCAUCAUCAUCAUCAUCAUCAUCAUCAUCCUUUUCCUCAUCAGAAGGACUCCACAGUGCAGAGACACCGGGAUCCGGACAAGAUGCCAAGCGAUGGAUUCACGAUCAAAAGUCGCAUCCGGAAUUUGCUGCGUUCUCCUUCAUCCAAACAUAAGAAGAACAGGAGGGAACUUCUUACCAGUCAGGUGACACUGGAGAAGGUGCUGGGCAUCACUGCUACAGGAAACAGUGGUCUGGCCUUUGACCCACGAUCUGGACUGGUGGCCUAUGCUGCAGGGUGUGUGGUAGUCCUGCUGAACCCCAAAAAGAACCGACAACACCACAUUAUCAACACUUCAAGAAAAACCAUCACAGCGCUGUCCUUCUCCCCUGACGGCAAGUACUUGGUCACAGGAGAGAGCGGUCAUUUACCAGCAGUGAGACUUUGGGAUGUAGCAGAACGACGACAGGUGGCGGAGCUGCAAAAGCACAAAUAUAGCAUCUCCUGUGUCGCCUUCUCUCCCAACAGCAAAUACAUUGUCAGUGUAGGAAACCAGCAUGAUAUGAUGGUCAACGUCUGGGCGUGGAAGAAAGAUGUGGUUGUUGCUGCCAACAAGGUGUCCAGUAAAGUGACAGGUGUGUCCUUUUCUGAGGACAGCUCCUACUUUGUAACAGUGGGGAACAGACAUGUGAAGUUCUGGUAUCUGGACCACUGCAAAGCUAACAAGGCCAGUGCUCCUGUGCCUCUGCUGGGUCGCUCAGGGCUGCUGGGAGAGCUGAAAAACAACUUCUUCUGUGAUGUGGCCUGUGGGCGGGGCCCUCAGUCGGACUCCACCUUCUGCAUUACCUCCUCUGGCCUGUUGUGUGAGUUUAACAGCAAGAGGAUGCUGGACAAGUGGGUGGACCUGCGGACGGGCGUGGCUCACUCUCUGUCUCUGUCGGAGGACCUGAUCUUUUGUGGCUGCGCUGACGGAACAGUGCGAGGCUUCAACUCCACCGACCUGCGCUUUGUCUGCACCCUGCCUCGGCCCCACCCCCUCGGAUCUGACGUCUCCGCCAUCACCGAGGCCAGCCAACUGUUUUGCUCUAAGACGGACGCCCGAUACCCAGACUCCAUUGCUGUUACGUAUGACCCCAUCAGCCACUGGCUCAGCUGUGUGUAUAACGACCACAGCCUGUAUGUGUGGGACGUGAGAGAUGUGAACAGGGUGGGGAAGGUGCACUCUGCCCUCUUCCAUGCAGCCUGUGUCUGGGACCUUGAGAUGUUCCCAGAUGUUUCUGGGGAAUCGGGGCUGUCCUCAGGUGCAUUCCUGAGCUGCUCAGCUGAUAAUACAAUCAGAGUGUGGCGCAUGGAGGAUUGGACACAAACCCAUAUUCAUUCUCAGAACAUCCUCAGCAGUGAUUUGCUCAACAUAUUGUACAUAGAUGGAAACACAGCUGCCUUGUUAGAUCCAGAAAGUACGACAAAUUCAAAUGCCGAUAAAUCAGGGGAUGGACAGACAGCAGAAAACAGGACAGGCAUCAGGACCAUCUGUGUCAGUCCAGACGGCAAACACCUGGCAUCUGGAGAUCGCAAUGGGAUGUUGAGAGUUCAUGACCUCAGCAGCAUGGAGGAGAUCCUGAAAGUGGAGGCCCAUGAUGCUGAAAUCCUGUGUCUGGAGUACAGUAAACCAGAAACAGGGCUGAAGCUGCUGGCCACAGCUAGCAGAGACCGUUUGAUCCACGUUUUAGAUGCUGAGGAUGACUACAGUCUGGUGCAGACACUCGACGAGCACUCUUCAUCCAUAACAGCCGUCCGCUUUGCUGCCAAUGACAACAAGGUGAGGAUGAUCAGCUGUGGGGCGGACAAGAGUAUCUAUUUUCGCACUGCGCACAAGACUGACAGAGGAACAGAGUUCAGCCGUUCUCACCACAUGGUGAGGAAGACCACUCUGUAUGACAUGGGUGUAGACCCCACCUGCAAAUACGCUGCCGUUGGCUGUCAGGACCGCUGCAUCAGAAUUUUUAACAUCAACAGUGGAAAACAGAAGAAACUAUACAAAGGUUCAUUAAGUGAAGAUGGCAGUCUGCUCAAGGUUCAGAUCGAUCCGUCAGGACAAUAUGUGGCCACCAGCUCCUCCGAUAAAAACAUCAGCAUCUUUGACUUUUACACUGGGGAGUGUGUCGCCACUAUGUUCGGACACUCUGAGAUUGUCACUGGGAUGAAGUUUACCAAUGACUGCAGACAUUUGAUUUCUGUAUCAGGUGACAGCUGUAUCUUUGUAUGGCGACUGGCUCCAGAGCUAACAAUGUGCAUGAGAGAGAGGCUCUGCCAGCUCCGACAAUACCCAAACACACCGCCCUGCACGACCUCUAGUCUCAGGCGAGAGGUCUACAGCUCCCCAGCUCUAGGAGGUCUUUCCUCUGACAGCGAUCAUGAGCAUGAGGAGGAUGGAGCAGAGAACGAUGACCCCAACGACCCCGAAGGCGACACAACCAACACCUCCUCUGACAGCAGCCACGGAGAGGAGGACACAGGUGGCUCAGAUGAAGGGCAGGACUGGGAGCUGACAAAGAAUGGCAUCGUCAGCCAGGUCACCCCUGACCCCUCUAAGCGUCCUCGCAGGCGCUGGUCUCAUCGAAUGGGCACGAUGGAGCUGAUGGUUAAAUCCAUGCUGGACCUGAGGCAGCUGGAGACCUUCGGGCACAAAAAAAGCCCCAACAGGCCCCCUCAUGACAAAGAGAGAUGGAGCAUGUCAAGCCUCCAGGAGCCAAAGCAGCCGCUGGAGGAGAGAGCGAAGAGGUGUCGGCCCCGGCCACACUCUGAUUGGCUGUCGUCACACGCAUCCAAGAGCACCAAGGGAACCGAUGGAGCCGUGUUGUACCCUGAGGAGAAUGAGGGCAAUACAAGUUUACUGGAUGGUGAGUACAUGAUGAAGGGGCAGCACUGCAGGAUGCAAGGACGAGGGAUCCGCAGUGAGAGCCAGGACAGCUGCAGCCCAGACAGCGCCUGCUCGCUGGGCUAUGACAGCAGGGAAUCCAGCCCCGAUCGUGUCCUGGAUGACUCUAUAGACAUGGAGUCCCAGAGUCAGGACAGCUCUGACGGGGAGAACGAAGACAGGGAGCAAGGAGAGCAAAAUGCAAAACUGACGAGUAUGGACGAGGCUUUGAGGACGGUGACAGACUCUGUCGACCACAGUCAAGAGGAUUUCCUCAAACAGAACUUUGAGACGUUGGCGGACAGCUGCAGCAUGGCUGAGCAGAGCAGAGUCCCGAGGCUCAGUAUGUCUUCACGCUUCCUGGCCAGAGGACAUAAUAUCAGAGGAGGGCCUCUGCUUGUCAAAGUGCACGGAAAGGAACAAGGCAGCCUCUCCACUAAGCCUCCAGUGUCGAAGGUGCGGCCCUUGAUGGAAGACGGCCAGUGCAGAAACACCGAUGACAAAAGCAUCAUGUCCCCCGGCAAGACUGAGGGACUAAACAGGGCAGAUGCAGCAUCUCCAGAAUGUGGUCUUACCCUUCGAUCCCAUAAGAAGAAGAGCCCAGGAUCUCACCUUUGGAGGCUGUCCAGUCCUCCAUUCAAAGAGGCUGUAGCCUCAGACAGGGUUGUGUGCUUGCAGAAAUCACACUCUGUCCAGAACCUGGCCUCUGACUAUCCUCACUCCCCGCGACCUCAGCACCUUUUCUUGGAUCAUUCCCUUCCCAGACCUUCCUUCCGUUUCUCUUCACCUUCCUCUGGCUCCCCCCAGUCUCCCCAGUCUCCCCAGUCCCCCCUGCCCUGGGAGAGCCCCAAACAGAAGCUCCAGCACUCCUAUAUGAACCCCACCGCCAGCUCCAUGGCCAAGAGUAGCCGCUCCCCCUCUCUGGGUGAUGGGCUCCAGGUGGACACGCCCCCACGCUCCCCCUCCUUCCCCAACGGCAGGAGGUCAUCCGUGGGGGCGGAGGUUGAGUCUCCCCUGCUUGCCUCAUCCCCUGUCUCCCCGUUCCCCUCCUCCGUUUCCCCGCUGCCUGCUUCACUCUGUCCUCUAACCACCACCCCCUCCCCAACCACUCCUCCUCAUCAUCCCACCACUGCCGUUUCCCCUACUCUCGGUGUAACCUUCGCUCAGAAUGUCCCGCCCUCCCGCAUCCCGCUUCCGAAGCAGCCUCUGAGCCCGCGGCGCAGUCUCUGCCUGGAGGUGAAGCCGAGCUCAGGCUGGUGUGGAGGUUCAUCCAGGGUUUCCUCUCCAAUCACAGACUCUGGAUAUGAUGCAACUGCCUCAGGAAGCAAACAAGUGUCGUCCACAUCAGGGACCAGCUUCCUGCCAGUGAAACACAAAAGAGGAUCCGAUCCAGAAAGCGUUAAACAGGCAGAACAGGUGGCUGUAGCUAAAGACUGCCCUCUGGUGACUGAACCAGCCGACAUGCCGAGCGCUGACCUCCAGCCAGGUGUGGCUUUUACUAACCUCUAUGUCGAUACUCUUCUUCUUCCUCUUCAUCGGCCCGUCUUGCCACACUGCUCACCUUCUGCCUUCUCGCCUGUGUUUCCAUCUGCCUGUCGCUGUCAUGUCUCCUACUGUCAAUAUUGUGAGGAUCAGUUUAUCACCUUGGAAACUUGUAGACAAGCUGCCACCGAGCUUCACAAAACUCUGAGGAGAACCAUCAUGUUCUACACAACGGUUCUGCAGGACAGCCCAGACCCCAGUGAAGACCAGCAGCAGAUGAGGACCAUCCUGUCCGAAGCUCUGUUAACAGUAAAGACGGAGCUGGACUCACUGCCCCGUCCCAUCGUACAGCCUGACGUGGCCCGAGGGGACCAGGAGGUCAAAGGUGAAGACGACAAGGCCCUGGCCCUCCUGGAACAGUACGCUGAGCUGCUGCUGAAGUCAGUGGAGAGGAAACUGGACACCAAGACCUGAUAGGAUGGACUGGUUUUUACAUGUACACAGAUAUACUAUCACUGUGUGAGCCUGCAAAUGCACACACAUAAGCACUGUGAAUCACUUGCCUGUUACUUGCACAGAUUUUUUUAAAGCAGCGUAUGACGUUCGUCACCAAUUUUUCAUCAGAUCAGUAAAACCUGAGCGAUAGCCUAAGUAUCACAAAUCCGUUAGUCGUUCCAUGAUUAUGCACCUG